AUGGCAAGCAACACUUCUGUUCUGUCCAUCGUUGGCGGUGCCACAUUUGCUCUGCUUGUGACCGUGUCUCUAGUGCUGGCCUACACAUAUCUCACGACACUGUUCAAAUACGAGCUUGAUGUUCGGAAGCAUCCAGAUCAUGGUAGCAAGAUACAGGUUGCACAGCACCCUCCUUUGGUUCCGUACGCCAUCCCAGGUCUGGGCUCCACAAUCAGCUUCAGCAAUCAGAACAUUGGAGUAUUCUGGAGAUGGCUUCGAACGCAGGCCGAGCGAUAUCAGCAAGAUGCCUUUUCGAUCAUGCUCAGCGGCACAAGGACUCACUUUAUAUUCUCCGAGGCCGGUAUCUCCGCUGCCUUCCGAAGCAGACAAUUAUCCAGAGCAAGAUUGGACCAGCAGCUGGGCACGAAUGUCCUUGGAAUGUCCAAGGCGGACUCACUAAAAGCAUUUCCGUACGACAUCGAUGAGAAGGAGAAGUCGACAACAGCAAGAAUCCAUUCUGAGCAUCUGCUCACACCGAACGCUGUCAAUUCGUUGACCAGCAAGUUCAUGGAGGUCUUCUUGCAAAGGCUGGACAGCGAUCGAUCGCUCGAUAAAGGCGUGGAGAUUGAUCUGUACGAUUGGCUAUGGCAGAACAUCUUCCGGUCAUCAACGACAGCGCUCUGCGGUGCGAAGCUACUCGAGAUGCAUCCCGACUUUGACAAGGACUACCAGACGUGGGAGGACGGCAUGCUAGGUAUGCUGUUUGGUACACCACGAUUGUUUGCCAGUGAAUCGUAUGCAGCGCGCGACUCCGCGGUCUCGAAGCUAGAGAAAUGGCUAGAAGCAGGAUAUGCAAGCUCAACAGGAAACCAAGAAGAUCUUGACUGGGAACCAAACUUCGGCGCCAAAGUAGUACGAAAGCGUCAUGCCUUCUACAAGCAACAGGGUCUAAGUGUCCACGCCCAAGCAGGUUUCGACCUCAUCUUCCUAGCAGGCAUCCUUUCCAACGCCACACCUGCAACAGGCUGGCUACUCCUACAUAUCCUAUCUCCAACCUCGGACCCCAAGUUCCACCCGACGAUAAUGAACGAGCUACGCUCCUGCCAGCGCCCAGAUGGCUCGGUAGACAUAUCCGUACUGACCCGUCUGCCUCUCCUCAACUCGGCCUUCCACGAGAUACUUCGCCUCUACGUCGAUCUACUGGUCGUUCGCCAAGUCGACAGCUCUGUAGCUAUCGGGCACCACUACGUCAAACAAGGCGAGCAAGUCAUGGCACCCAGCUGGAUGACCCACCGAAAUCCGGCUUUCUUCGCAGAUCCAGAAGUCUUCGAUCCGGAAAGAUUUUUGAAACGGGAUGAAGAGACAGGUAAACUGGGUUAUAGCGCGACUGGACUGGGCGGCAAGUACUUCCCUUUUGGAGGAGGACAUUAUAUGUGCCCUGGGCGUACUUUUGCGAAGCAAGAGGUUCUUGGCUCUGUUGCAGUGCUUCUACUCAACUUCGAUAUUGAAUUCGUGGAGUUUGCUAAGCGGGAUGGCAAACAGCCUGUUGGAAUCGAUAAAGAUGCGACUGGCUUUCCCGGACUCAAGAAGGGCUAUGCUGGCAAUCAAGUGGUGGGUAUCGAAGGUGAUAUGAGGGUACGGAUCAAGCGGAAAAAUCAUAUCCGAUAG